AUGCGGGUGUGGAGCUCUGCAGAACCUCGCCAUAGUGAAAAAGAGUUGCAUCCUCAGGUCCUUCACCCAUGGAGAAGUCGAGGCAAAGGGCUGAUCAGAGUAAAGAGGGACUGGAUCAUCCCCCCAAUCAGAGUGUCAGAGAAUAGCAAGCAGAUUCCUGAAGCCCUUGUCCAGAUCAAAUCUGACAAAAUCUUCACCGGUGAGGUAAUCUACAAGUUAGAGGGACCGGGGGUUGACCAGGAGCCCAAGAACCUGUUUGAGAUUGAUGACAAGACAGGGGUGAUCAGGAGCAAGCGGCCACUGGACAGAGAGAAGUACAGCAGCUUCACGCUUAAAGCCUUCGCGUUGUCCCCCAGUGGAGAGCGACUGGAGAAUCCAACCACCAUAGAGAUAGUAGUGCUGGAUCAGAAUGACAAUAGACCUGUCUUCAUUCACAGCCCGUUUGUGGGCACUGUCUCUGAGUUCUCAGUCCCAGGCACAUCAGUAAUGACAGUGACAGCCGCAGAUGCAGACGACCCAAUGACAGAAAACGCUGUUCUGAGCUACUCCAUCAUUGACCAGGAGAGCAUUCCUCCCAACGCCAUUACCAAGAUCAUGUUUGGCAUCAACAACGAGACAGGUGCCAUCUACACAAGAGAUGUAGGCCUGGACAGAGAGGUGGUGAAAGAAUUCAAGUUAAAACUACAGGUGGCUGAUAUGGGGGGCAUGGGACUAACAAGUGAAGGUGUGGCAAUCAUACAUGUCUCUGACAUCAACAACCACGCACCGCAGUUCAGCUCUGACUCAUACAACAUGACAGCGGUGGAGAACAGGAACGACUAUGAGCUCGGACGAGUGAAUGUGACAGACAGAGACGAUACUGGAACGAAAAACUGGGAAGCCAGAUACUCCAUUUUCAAUGACCACAGAGGAAACUUUGCUGUCCGUACUGAUCCCAUCACCAACCAGGGGAUCCUCACAGUGGUGAAGCCCCUGGAUUAUGAAGCGCAGAGUGAAUACCACCUGGUUUUGACCGUGGAAAAUAUUAAUCCUCUGAGCAGCAAGGCUUCCAGCCAGAUUUUGAGAAAUGCCACAGUUACGGUCACCGUUGUGAAUGAGAAUGAAGCCCCACGUUUCAGAGAGGACCCCAUACAGAUUGAGGUCCCCGAGUCUGUGAAACCUGGCACAUUACUGAAAAGCAAUAUUGCCUUUGACCCUGAUAAUUCUGAUCUGAGGUAUGAGAUUAGCAGAGAUCCUGAGAGUUGGCUGGACAUCAACAGAGAUACAGGAGACAUUACAGCAAAGAGGAAGUUUAACAUGAGAUCUCCACAUGUGAAAAACAGUAUCUACACUGCUGCUGUGAAGGUUAUAGAUGCUGGUGGUGUUUCAGCCACUGCUACAGUGGCCAUCACACUCAAAGAGACGAAUGACUUCCCCCCUCAGGUUUUCCCCCUGACAGGCUUUGUAUGCAGAGGCAGCAGCAGGUCACGUAAUGGUUUGCUUCUGACUGCUGUAGAUGAAGACCUUCCUCCACAGGCUGCACCCUUCCUCUUUCAAAUACCUGACGAUCUGUCAGCCAACUGGACCAUCACUCAAGUAAACGAUACUCAUGCCAUGCUUCAGCCGCUUGUAGACCUGGAGGUCAGAGACUAUGCUGUCAUGGUGCUGGUAUCGGACUCCGGCAGCCCAGCUCUGAGUGCUGGGGCUCAGGUCAAUGUCACUGUUUGUCUCUGUGACUCCUUCAGAGACUGCAAGUCUGAGGCAGGGGCAAUCUUAGGCUCCAGUGUGGGAAUCAACUUCAUCGCACUCAUUAUCAUUGUGGCGAGCACUGCACUCCUGCUGUUGCUUCUCCUCCUGACUGUGGCUCUGACCGCCUGUGGAAGACGCCACCACAUCAAGAAAGGAACGGGACUGCUCAUCGGGGAAUCUGAAGACGACAUACGUGACAAUGUCUUCAACUAUGAUGAGCAAGGUGGAGGCGAGGAGGAUGAGAACGCCUUUAAUAUUGACCUGCUGUGGAAUCCCCAUGAUGCACCCCCCACCCCGGGGUCCUUUUACCCAGGGUCUGGAAUUCCUCCUCGAGGGAAGCAGCCCCUUAGAAAGGACGCCCCACAUAACCUGCCGUCGCCCACCUAUCCAAGGAGGCCUCCUGCAGAUCCUACUGACAUCGAGGACUACAUUAAUGAUGGCCUGGAAGCUGCUGACCAUGAUCCAAAUGUGCCUCCAUACGACACCGCCCUCAUAUAUGACUAUGAAGGAGAUGGCUCACUUGCAGGAAGCCUCAGCUCUAUUGCUUCGGGUAGCUCUGAUGGAGAUCAGGAUUACGACUACCUUAACGACUGGGGACCACGCUUUAAGAAACUUGCCAACAUGUAUGACCCGCGUUAG